AUGGAUUGGUUUCACUGCAACCAGUGUUUCCGAAAAGAUGGGGCCCAUUUCUUUGUCACCAGCUGUGGCCAUAUUUUCUGUAAAAAGUGUGUGACUCUGGAAAAAUGUACUGUUUGUGGAACUGCCUGCAAGCAUCUGGCUCUUUCUGAUAAUCUAAAACCUCAGGAGAAGAUGUUCUUCAAAAGCCCUGUGGAGACAGCUUUGCAGUAUUUUAGUCAUAUCUCUCAGGUGUGGAGUUUUCAGAAGAAACAAACAAAUCUCCUCAUCGCCUUUUAUAAACAUAAAAUUACAAAGUUAGAAGCAGCCAUGCAGGAUGCACAGCAAACACUCGUCAGCCAGGACAAAGAGUUGUCAGUCUUAAGGAAGGAGAAUGGAGAACUGAAGAAAUUUCUAGCCAUCCUAAAGGAAUCUCCAAGUCGGUACCAAGGAAGCAGAUCGACCACACCUCGACCAGUGGGCAUUACUUCCCCAUCACAAUCAGUUACCCCACGACCCAGUUCCCAGCAUAGCAGCCAAGUGGUCAGUCGAUCCUCCUCAGUGGAGUCUAUGCCUUAUAGAAUGACUGGCUUUGGUAGCUUGGGACAAGGAGGCAGAGGCCUGCAAGGAAGGAACACUCCAAGAAACUCUUACACUGAAACCCCUUCACCAGCUUCAACUCACAGCCUAUCUUAUAGAUCUUCAUCUGCCUCCUCUGGACAGGGGAUUUUUUCUUUCAGACCAACCCUAAAUGGGGAUUCAGGCAACACAAGAGUCCUCACCCCCAACAAUUCUGGUCAGAGGGAGAGCAGAACCACACCAGAGAGUCUUCCUGGUUUUCAGUUACCAGUCCUGCAGACUCUCUACCAACAACAGAGGCAGAUGGGCUUAGCCCGGGGGAGUGAAGCAUGGACCACUUCCAGAUAG